UGUGCGCGCGUCGUAAACAGAUUAAACUUUAAAUAAGUACAAUUUUGGAUAACGUAUUUCUUUGGAGAGCCAGGCCGAGAGAGCAGAAAGAGAGUGAAAAAGAAAAAACAAUCGGUUCGGCGGCAAUACGGGUAUUUUUAAUCUAAGCUAAAAACGAAAAAAAAAAAAAGUAAAAUAUACGGGUAGAGCCGAGUGCUAAAAAUCGGGAAAUUAAUUUAAUGCAAUAUUUCUAAAUGUGUUUAUAAAUCGCUAGCAACGUAGUAACUAAUUGCAAAAAGCAUCUCCCCAUCUCUCUCAUACAUAUACAAAUCGCGCGACUAGGAAUUUAUCUAAAGUGUAAACCAAAUGCUAAUCUAAGCUGCUAAUCUAAGUGUAAACUAAGUGUAGGAACCAAUACGAGAAUUUAAACGCGUCUAAAACUGAAACUCAAGCAAACCAACAAACAAGAGACAAACAAACGUUUGUCAAGCAAAGCAACGCGCGCGACAAAACAGCAACGCAACGAGAAUUUCCUCUCCUCUCCGUGGUCCCUUAGGUCGGCAAAAUAGCUAAGUCCAUUUUGCAAUUCUUAAAAAAGAAGAAAUCCCAUCAUAGUUCGACAUCGGGCGAGGGCAAGCUACAGCAGCAGUCCAGCUACGAGGAGGAGGGCGUCGGCGGUGGAGGAGGACCGGAGCAGGCGGCUAGCAGCAGCAGCUCGGCUGGGCCAGGAGGAGCAGUAGGAGGAGGCGCCGCCGCCGCAAGCCAAAAGACAACGCCCCCAACGGCAGCAGCAGCAUCCGAAGGAGGAGCGGCAGCAGCGACCACGACAGACGGAGCAACAGCAAAAGCAGGAGCAGCAGGAGCCGCCAGUGAGGAACAGCCACAGGUAUCUGCCAGCGCCACGUUUCGCCUUUCAUCGCUCACGGGCACAAUCUCGAAGAUGGGAAACAACGCGACCACGUCCAACAAGAAGGUGGAUGCCGCCGAGACGGUCAAGGAGUUCCUCGAGCAGGCGAAGGAGGAGUUCGAGGACAAGUGGCGCCGCAACCCCACCAAUACCGCUGCCCUCGACGACUUCGAGCGGAUCAAGACGCUCGGGACGGGCUCCUUUGGCCGCGUGAUGAUCGUCCAGCACAAGCCCACGAAAGACUACUACGCCAUGAAGAUCCUCGACAAGCAGAAGGUCGUCAAGCUGAAGCAGGUGGAGCACACGCUGAACGAGAAGCGCAUCCUGCAGGCCAUCCAGUUCCCCUUCCUCGUCUCGCUGCGCUACCACUUCAAGGACAACUCCAACCUCUACAUGGUCCUCGAGUACGUGCCCGGCGGCGAGAUGUUCUCCCACCUGCGGAAGGUGGGCCGCUUCUCGGAGCCCCACUCGCGCUUCUACGCGGCGCAGAUCGUGCUGGCCUUCGAGUAUCUGCACUACCUGGACCUCAUCUACCGGGACCUCAAGCCCGAGAAUCUGCUGAUCGACUCGCAGGGGUACCUCAAGGUCACAGACUUUGGGUUCGCCAAGCGCGUCAAGGGCCGCACCUGGACGCUCUGCGGCACGCCCGAGUAUCUGGCGCCGGAGAUCAUCCUGUCGAAGGGCUACAACAAGGCCGUCGACUGGUGGGCGCUCGGCGUCCUCGUCUACGAGAUGGCCGCCGGCUAUCCGCCCUUCUUCGCGGACCAGCCCAUUCAGAUCUACGAGAAGAUCGUCUCGGGCAAGGUGCGCUUCCCCUCGCACUUUGGGUCCGACCUGAAGGACCUGCUGCGCAACCUCCUGCAGGUUGACCUGACCAAGCGCUAUGGCAAUCUGAAGGCGGGCGUCAAUGAUAUUAAGAACCAGAAGUGGUUCGCCUCCACCGACUGGAUUGCGAUCUUCCAAAAGAAAAUCGAGGCCCCCUUCAUACCCCGGUGUAAGGGGCCCGGCGACACAAGCAAUUUCGACGACUACGAGGAGGAGGCACUGCGGAUCUCCAGCACCGAGAAGUGCGCCAAGGAGUUUGCUGAAUUCUAGAUCAAGUUUUCCACCUCCACUCCACCCAUAUUUUUGCAACCGCCACAACAACAACAACAGCAGCAAAAACAACAAUUGCAACAACAGCAGGACAAAUCAGAUCCGGUGGACUUGCCUCCUGCUCCUGGAGUUGCUGUUGCGGCCUAGCGGACCCUGUCCUCAUAGCCGUAGCCGUAGCCGUAGCCGCCGUCGUUGUCGUCGUCGUCGUCGUCGUCGUCUUGUCUAUAUGUCUACUUCUACUUGCAACUGCAACUGCAACAAACAACAACAAAAACAACUACUAACUACAUCUACUUCGUCUACGUGUACGUCUGGACAUAUGGUGUAUCUAUAUCUAUGUCUAUAUCCAUCCACAUGCCACGUAUCUAUCCACACAACACAACACAACAAGAACACGAACGUCUCUAUCUACUCCACAAUGGAUUUUUCACUACAAUUUUCAUAAAUCAUAAGCAACACAAAACUACAAAAACUACAAACAACAAACUACAAACUUCAAGCUACAAACUACAAAGAACUACAAUCUACAGGUGGAACAGUGUAAAAGUAGCGCUGCUCCUCCUCCUCGAAGCCAAACCUCAGCCGAAGCAGCCUUUUUGUCUAGAGACCAGCCAGCCAGAGAGGGCCAGAAGCGGGACAGGAUAACAGGAUGAGCGGAAGGGAAAGGAAACAGAAAGGAAAAGGAAUGGAAUGAAUGCCCAAAUGGAAUAGAAGCCCAAAUAGAGUUAUAGAAAUAGCAAUGGAAACAAUUAAAAUGACUUACAUAUAGAUAUUCAUUCAUACA